UGUGAAGGAACUCUAUGUUUGUGUCACUCUAACCUUGGUUUUAUCAGCAAGCUUUGUGACAGACACUAUUGGGAUACACGCGCUUUUCGGGGCGUUUGUGGUAGGAAUAGUAACUCCUAAAGAAGGACCAUUUUGCAGAGUUUUGACAGAGAAGAUAGAGGAUCUGGUCUCGGGGCUUCUUCUACCGCUGUAUUUUGCGGCUAGCGGUCUCAAAACUGAUGUAACAACUAUCAGAGGAGGGGUGUCAUGGGGACUUCUAGUUCUCGUCAUAAUCACCACUUGUUUCGGUAAGAUUUUUGGAACCGUUGGGGCCGCCAUGCUCUGCAAGGUUCCUUUCAGAGAAGCCAUGGCACUUGGAUUCCUUAUGAACACCAAAGGUUUAGUAGAGCUCAUUGUUCUUAACAUUGGCAAGGACCGGAAGGUGCUGAAUGAUCAAGCAUUUGCGAUCUUAGUCCUAAUGGCAUUGUUCACAACCUUCAUUACAACUCCAAUUGUGAUAGCGAUAUACAAGCCUGCAAGAAAAGGAGCACCAUACAAGCACAAAACCAUCCAAAGGAAAGAUCAUGAUUCAGAGCUACGGAUACUUGCUUGCUUCCACAGUACUCGCAACAUACCAACAUUGAUCAAUCUGAUUGAAUCAUCAAGAGGGACAGGCAAAAAAGGACGCCUCUGCGUAUAUGCGAUGCAUAUGAUGGAGCUUUCUGAACGGUCAUCAGCAAUCGCAAUGGUUCACAAAGCUCGGAACAACGGGCUCCCAAUCUGGAACAAGAUAGAGAGAUCAACAGAUCAGAUGGUGAUUGCCUUCGAGGCUUACCAGCAUCUAAGGGCUGUAGCGGUUAGACCCAUGACUGCAAUAUCUGACCUCACUAGCAUCCACAAAGACAUAAUCACAAGCGCCCAUCAGAAACGAGUAGCGAUGAUACUACUUCCGUUUCACAAGCAUCAGAGAGCGGAUGGAACAAUGGAGUCAAUCGGACAUGGGUUCCAUGAAGUGAACAACCGGGUCUUACAACGAGCUCCUUGCUCAGUUGGGAUUCUUGUAGACAGAGGACUCGGAGGACCAUCCCAGGUUGUAGCCAGCGAAGUGGCUUACAAAGUUGUGGUUCCAUUCUUCGGAGGCUUGGACGACAGAGAAGCUCUCGCCUACGGUAUGAAAAUGGUGGAGCAUCCAGGAAUCACACUAACCGUACUCAAAUUUGUAGCUGCGAAAGGGACAUUAAAGAGAUUUGAGGAGAGUGCGCCCGACGAAAAGGAGAAAAAAGAAAAAGAGACUGAUGAAGAGUUUGUGAGGGAGCUGAUGAAUGAUCCAAGAGGAAAUGAGUCCUUGGCCUACGAGGAAAGAGUUGUUGAGAGCAAAGACGAUAUCAACGCGACACUUAAGUCGAUGAACAAAUGCAAUCUCUUCGUCGUUGGAAGAACUGCAGCUGUUGUGUCGUUGGUUCACAGUUCGGAUUGUCCGGAGCUAGGACCAGUUGGCCGUUUGUUGUCUUCAUCAGAGUUUUCCACCACUGCAUCAGUGCUCGUCGUUCAGGGAUACGAUCCAGCAGCAGAUACACGGCCGCUCGUUGAGGAAGAUGCUAAUUACGACCAGUCUUCCAAAGAUAUUUCAGAAUUUACCGUCUGAUCGGAUCUAAUCAGUCUAUUUAAUCAGCCUCCCUUGUUUUUUUUUUUUUGUCUCACGAAAUAUUUUGGUUUCUUUUUGGUUGGUACCUGGAGUGUCUUCGUUGUUUCUUUGUAUUUUCCCCUAUUACCAUUAGAUUAUGGGCAUGAAAA